AUGGCGGAUUCGCAGGCUAAGUCGUCGGGGAUGAGUCCCGGAGGAGGCGGUGGAAGCCAUGACAGUGGCGGCGAUCAGAGCCCGAGGUCGAUGAAUGUUCGUGAGCAGGAUAGGUUUCUCCCGAUCGCUAACAUAAGCCGUAUCAUGAAGAGAGGUUUGCCUGCAAAUGGCAAAAUCGCUAAAGAUGCCAAAGAGACGAUGCAGGAGUGCGUCUCUGAAUUCAUCAGCUUCGUCACCAGCGAAGCGAGUGAUAAGUGCCAAAGAGAGAAGAGGAAGACCAUUAACGGAGAGGAUUUGCUUUGGGCAAUGGCCACUUUAGGAUUCGAAGAUUACAUUGAGCCCUUGAAGCUUUAUCUGACAAGAUAUAGAGAGGGUGAUGCUAAGGGAUCAGGAAAAGGUGGGGAUUCGGGUGCAAAGAGAGACGGUCAACCAAGUCAAGCGGCUCAGUUUCCGCAGCUUGACCACCAAGGCUCUUUCUCGCAAGGCUCUUAUGGAAACUCUCAAGGUUCGCAUAUGAUGGUUCAGAUGCCGGGCACAGAGCAGUAG